GUGUAUCCAACUGUCCACACGUCACUCGUCGAACGACAAGUCCAAGUAACGACAGUGAAAUUUCGUUUAGGUGAUAGUGUUAAUGAAUUUAUGGUGAAAAAUGCAGAUUCCAAACGAAUAUGUUUCGACUGCUGAAGACAUAGCAGAUCAGGUGAUAAGGAAAGGCAAGAAUGUGUUACCGACAGUCGCGAGGCUCUGCCUCAUAUCCACAUUCCUCGAGGACGGUCUCCGGAUGUGGUUCCAGUGGUCGGAGCAGAGGGACUACAUGGACAUGUCGUGGGGAUGUGGCAAGUUCCUCGCUACCAUGUUUGUUAUAAUAAAUCUAUUCGGUCAGCUGGGUGGAUGUGUGAUGGUACUGGGCAGGUGGAAGGUGGACAUCGCUUGUGGAGUGCUGUUCUUCAUUGUAGUACUACAGACAUUCGCAUACAGCAUACUAUGGGACAUGCAGUUCUUGCUACGUAACUUAGCACUUAUAGGCGCUCUGUUACUCGUCUUGGCCGAAGCCCGAGCGGAGGGACGAAGCCUAUUUGCCGGAGUCCCCUCUCUGGGAGAGAACAAGCCGAAGACCUACCUGCAACUCGCUGGCAGGAUCCUGCUGGCCUUCAUGUUCAUUACGCUGUUGAGAUUCGAAGUUUCGUUCUUGCAGAUCGUGCAAGAUCUCCUCGGCAGCAUCCUCAUGAUCCUAGUCACUGUCGGCUACCGUACGAAGCUGUCAGCGCUCAUGCUCGUGCUCGUACUGUCCGUGCUCAAUCUGUACCACAACGCGUGGUGGGCGGUGCCGACGUACAAGCCGCUGAGGGACUUCCUUAAAUAUGACUUCUUCCAGACCCUAUCCGUGAUUGGAGGUCUCCUCAUGAUAGUGUACCUCGGGCCUGGAGGCGUCAGUAUGGACGAGCACAAGAAAAAGUGGUAGGGACGCUCCCUAGCUCCCUUGUGUACGGACUUGAUAUUAAUUAUUGUAAGGUUGUUGUGGCGCGCUCGCGGCCCUCGCGUUUGUACAUAUAGGACGCCAUGUUGUUUAGUUUGCGCGCCAUUUUAUAUUGACGUUCGAUUUUUUUUUUAAUUUUAAAAAUAAAUGUGUGAUGUUGUCAAUUGUCAGUUGUGGCGGUAUUUUGUUAGUCUUAUGAGGUGUAGUUAGGUUGUGAAUUUUUUUUUAAUGAUUUCAAUGUGUAGUGUAGUUGGUCUUUGUUUAUUGCAUAAUUUUUUAUAACAAAUAUAGUGUUGGAAAUCAAUAAGUGAUUUAUGAUCCAUUUAUAAAAUAGAACUGAAGGAUUUGAUAUUUACCUAUUGUAAUCAGUACGACUUUAUUUGCAAGUAUUAAAUUGCGCGCAAUCUAAUCAAUAAGUUUUUACAAAUUUAUUAUAUAAUAAUAUUAUCUAUCGAAACGGCGUAAAUGGCUAGUGCGGUUUGUAACACGCGUUCAGUGUUAACAUUUUGACAAUCAUAACUUUUAAGUAUGUAGAAUGAACCUAUUUGUUUUAUAUAUUUCUGUGUGUUUUUAACGUUUCUUUCUUGUUAUAAAUUCACGUUUUUUAUUCUUAUAUGUGGCCUUUGCUUGUCUCGUUAAAAUUAUAAUGUACUUUGACACAAUUUUUUUGACUUGUUAUACUUUUCUUUGAUCGUCCUUAAUGAAAUAUAAGUUUGUAUGUAGAAUGCACUAAUUCAAAUCUAAGACACACAUAUUCAUUCCGAAUUCACUAACGGCAGUAAUGUAAUAGUACUUAUCUCAAAGUCGUGAUUUACUUUCGCCACUUAUGUUGAAAAUUUUAAAAAUAUAUAACCUUAAAUGUACAUAUUUAAAAGAUAAAAUAUUUUUAUAGUAUUUUUAUUUUGUUGUUUUCCGUUACGUCCAUAGGACUCCCUUUCAUUGACGCAUUUAACAGGGAUAGCUGAAUGCCAUAGUGUGUAUUGUAUAAGUCAGACAACAUCUUUUAUAUAACAGAUUUAUUUGUAAAAUAUAUAAUAAUAAACACAAUUUCAACAAC